AUGUCUAUAACACUAUCUUAUAACACGAGGGGACAAUUCCAAAUGCACGGUGACGAGAAAACGGAUCGUCGUCAAGUGGAUGGCAUUUAUCCCGAUAUGAAUUAUAUUUUCUUCAAAGGUGUACCGAAAAUGAUUCAGGUAGUAGAUGAUAUGCAUCGGACGAGUGAUUACAUAACGGAUCUACGCAAUAUGACCAUUGGAUUUGCAUGUUUAUCAUUUAUGGGAGCACUGAUAUUUCUUUUGCGACAAACGCGAAAACGCAGCGGUACUAAUAGGCACGAAAGAAUGAUUAUGGCCAACUAUCUUGAGGACCAAGAGAAGUCAACACAGCCGUGUAGUGGUGCUUGUAGAAAAUGUUCCGAAUCUUGGCAUGGUACAACAAUGAAAACCUCGGGAUUCUAG